AUGGGGGCUGACGACGACUUCCAGUUGUUGUUGCUGGCGAUCUCAGACGAGACUCUCCUCAAGAGUAUGGACCUCUCUGUCGUCUCGAGCGCCAACUCCCUUCAGAAGGUGAAAUUCCUCCCGGCAGUCAAGGAGCUCUCUGGUGUACUCCAGGAGGCAGGACUCCGCCCUUCGCUGGGGUUCAACGUGGGAUCAGGAGAGCUCUCGUUCACGUGCCCUGUGUUCUGCGAGGAUGUCGCGGAGAGGAGUAGGCUCAGCGUCCUGGUGCUGACCAUGCUCGGGCUGAUGCCGAAUCAAAAUGCUCUGGAGGAGGCCUUCCUGCAGCGGCAGCAUGACGAGGCAGUGUCCUGCGUGCUGGGGGCCCGCAAGUCCUCCAACCUGGCGAAUCUCUGCCUUGAGGUGUUUGCACACAAGACCAACGUCGGGAUCUCCCAGAGGAAGGUCUGCGGGAGAAGCAGGACGAUCAAGAUCGUGGUGGGGAGUUACCAGGAGCUUUCAGUGGGGAAGGUGAGAAGGGUUUACUCCUACGCCCCCUGCUACUACGAUCUGUCUGGAUGGUCUGACAACGAGACGCAUGCGAGGCUGAGGGAGGACACCUCCUGCUCCUUCGCUGAGAUCCUGCUCAACGCUAAGACGAAGCUGAUAGAGGAGAUGAUGGAGCACUUCUGGUUGACCAUGGACAGCUUCCCCUACGUCAGCAGCUCCGAGCUGAGAGUCCAGCUGGGGGAGAUCCUCUCCUCUUACCUCUCCUCUGGGAUCUCUGACCAGAGCUCUGGCUUCUUGCCCUCCCAGCAGGAGGCGAUGUCUCUCUUCCUCUGCGGCAGCGCCGGGACUGGCAAGUCGACGCUGGUCCAGGCGCUCUCCGUCUCCCUGCAGUCAACCCUCAACAAGUUCCUUGACCCUGAGAGGAAGGUGAGCAUCGUUAAGGUGCCUCUCAACGGCCUCACCCCCGACAGCCUCCGGAUGAUCUUGUGCGUUCAAGGGAUCUCCGACUGGAGCAUCGAGCGCAUGCUCGAGCAGGCGAUCGCCAAGGGAGGGACCGCAGUGCUGCACCUCGAGGAGGUGCCGGAGGAGCCGAAGCUGCAGGAGGAUCUCUACAAGUGCGUCAGCAGCAUGCUUGAAGUCAUGAUCCGCCGGUAUCCCAAGUUCGGAGGGAACUUGAUCCAUGCCUUCACCUCCAACUACCCCCCAGCUGACGCGAUCCGAGCCAUCUCCAAGGAGCUGGUCAUCGUGGCCCCGUCGGGGAGGAAGCAGGAGGAGCACUGCCUGCGCAUGCUGGAGCGAGGGCUGAGGAGGAGGAGCGGGAUCCCGCACGUGUCGAUGAAGUUGAGCUACGAGCUGCCAGCCAUGCUCGACAUGCGUCCACUCUUUCAGUGGUGGACGACCCUGACCUUCCACAUCUCCAGCAGCGUCGAGAAGCUCUUAGCCGAGCUCGGGGGGAGCAAGCGAGCGGCUGGACUGGACGGGGACCUGUCGAGCGACAGCGAGGGGAAGGCAGUGGAGGUUCGACUGCUGGUUUACGUGGGAGACGGGGAGGAGGAGGAUAGCCUCUCCGAGGCCCGAGCUGGAGAGGAGCUGGGGGUGAGCAAGGGGGUGCCUGAUGCAGUGGUCGGCAGGACAGAGAGGAGGGAGGUCAAGUUCACAGUCAAGUCGUCCGAUGGAUUCUUCUUCCUGCACACGCAGGAUGUGAUAGUCGAGCACGCGGAUCGGGAGUACAAGAACGCUGCGCUGAUUGACAUGUGCUCGUCGGGCUUCCUGAAGCCCUGCGUCAUCGUCGUGAAGGGAGGUGGGAAGGGGAAGCAGCUUGACUUUGAGGCAGCUCUUCUCCAGCAGCUGCGCCAGCAGGCAGGGGACGGGGAGGACGUGGCACAUACUAGUGUGGAGCUGAGAAAGGAGAGUGACAAGGAGCAGGUCAACGGGCAUCAGUCGCAGAUCAGGGGAGGGCUCUUCAAGUUCAUCGACGACUGCAACAACCCCAACAGGAAGUCCAGCAGGAUGUGCCUGGUGACGUGUCAUGUCAAUGAGGUGGGACAGUACAUGCUGAGGGAGCUGCUGGAGACUAAUGGGGAGUCGCGGACCCAUCGCUAUGCCAUCCGCAAGGACCGCGUGAUGUUCCUGCUACUGGUGGAUGAAGAGUCUGCGCUGCAGGAGAUGACUCUUUCUCGUGCACAUGACAUUGUCCAGCUCUAG